AUGAACUCUCUCUUUUCAUUCAUCACCACUCUCUACGCUCUCGCACUCCUCUACUUCCCCUUCAUCUUCUCCCGCUUCCUUCUCUCUCCCGUCGCACUCUCCACUUUGAUUCUAUUGCUCUACCUUCUCCGGCUAGGCGCCGCGCAAAGAUCUACGGCCAACCGGACCGACUCCGAUUCCGUCGAAUCAGAUUCUACGCAUCAAAUUGAAGAGUUAUGUGACGAAUCUAAGGAACCCGACCCGAAGCAGGAUCCGCGCCAUUUCUACGCGGACUCCUUCGUGGAGUGGGACGUCCGAGCGCCGCUGGAGGUUAUAUACGAGGAAUACGAAGGAGAAGACGCCGCCGCGGAAAACGAUAACAAUUCCGAGGAGAAGCAGAUGAAUCCCAUCCGCCGAUACGCGUCGCUUUCGCUGUUUUACCCGGAGUCCGACAGCGACACUUCGUCGGAGGAGGAUUUCCCGACCGACGGCGGGUGGGGAUCGCCGGAGAGAGCGUGCUUCCGGUGGGAGGAGGAGGACGAUAGGGAGGGGUUGAUAGAGAUCGCGUUGGAUGAGAAGAGGGGCUGCGAGGUUGAGGAAGAUAAUCUGAUCGAGAUCGACCUCUCGCCGGAGAGAUGA